UAGAAAGAUUCCCUUUGUGCUCUCUGUCAAACUCUCCUUUUUGCUGCACACGACAAACCGUCAGCGUUUGUGGGUUGAAACAUUUCUCUGCACCGUUCCAGGAACACCUUGUGCUCCAUUCUUCCUCCUCCAUACUUGGAAAAGUUAUCGAAACCCCAACCUCCAUUGUCUUUACAAACAAACACACACACACACAGAAAAAAAAGCACCUGCAGGGGAGGAAUCUUUGGCCAGGCCUUCUAAUGUUUCCCCUCACUAGCUUGGCUCUCACACCUGCCUUUCUUCUGCUGCACACCUCAUCCGGUCCGUUCCCGGUACUCAGUCGGAGACGCCCUGAGCCGCACGGCGAUGCCUUCCACGGGGAUGCAGAUGGCCGGCUGCGCCAUGGCGCUUCUCGGCUGGAUUUUGGUGCUCGUCGUCUGCGCCACUCCCACGUGGCGGGUCACGGCCUUCGUCGGCAACAACAUAGUGACUUCGCAGGUCAUCUGGGAGGGCCUCUGGAUGAACUGCGUGGUGCAGAGCACGGGCCAGAUGCAGUGCAAGGUCUACGACUCCAUGCUGGCUUUGAGCAGUGACCUUCAGGGGGCCCGAGCUCUGAUGGUGGUCUCCAUCGUAGUCGGCAUUACAGGAAUCCUCAUUGCUUUUGUUGCGGGGAAGUGCACCAACUUCAUCGCUGAGGAGGAGGCCAAGGCUAAGGCCUCGGUGGCGGCGGGGGCCAUCCUGAUCAUCAGCGGGGUCCUCUGCCUCGUUCCGGUCUCCUGGACCGCCAGCAUCAUCAUACAGGAUUUCUAUAACCCUCUGCUAAUAGAUGCACAGCGGAGAGAGCUCGGGGCGUCUCUUUACAUCGGCUGGGGGGCCGCAGCUUUGCUGAUCCUGGGUGGGGGGCUUCUGUGCGCCGGUUGCCCCCCAAAGGAGGAACACGCCCCCUCUGUGAAGUACCCUUUGAACCGAGCUGGAGGAAGGAGCAAAGCAGAGUCCUACCGGUCGUCCACACCGUCCAAGACAUAUAUCUGAGAGGACGGUUGUGUCUGUUGUUGGCAGGAAGACGUAGGAGAAGCAUGAAGCGAAGGAAAAAUGAAGGAAAUCUGCACUUUGUCCUCCCACGACAAUCACAUUUAGAUAAAAACCCUUUCUGGCUCAGACUGUAUUAAUUAACAGACAUGAUUUAAGUUUGGCUGAAGUUACAGAAAUUCGAUAUUUUAAUUUGUCUGGGGAAAAAAACCUGGUUUAAACUGUAUAAACAUAUGUUUUAAUUAA